GCCCUUUUUACUCCGGAUUCCUGCAAGCUUCCUCCAAUCAGAGCGAGAAAUGGCCUUGCAACUGUAGUUCAAGGGUUGAUACAAAGUUCGUUUAUUACGGAGUCCAGUUAUUCGAUUGCAUUUUUAAAAAAGGAUCUGCUUGCUCCCCUUAGACAUUUUGAAACAAAGAAAAUACGGCAGAUUCUGCUGCAGAAGUUUUUACUUUUUGCAAACUGCCCUUCCAUUCCUGUUUUACUGAAGCACAGUGGGCAGCAUAGCUGGGCCCAGCAAGGCCUCGAUGGAAGUCUUACGCACUCGGCUGAUUCCAAUUUCUCUGCUCCGUGCCGCCUCCACGGGUGCUUUCCAGCUCAAGGAACCGCUCAACUACCGACACGGAGGCCGGGUGCAGCCGUGUGCAAGCGGAGGGGGCAGCAAGAGGGAGCAAGUGCAUGAGCCCGCCACAGGUCGUGUGAUAUGUGACUUCGCUUGUUCAGGGGAACAGGAGAUUGAUCUGGCGGUGCAGAGUGCCAAGGAAGCAUACACAGCUUGGAGUCGACUCUCAGGGUUAGAAAGAGGUCGCAUCUUACUAGAAGCUGCAAGACUCAUAAGGGAACAAAGGGAAGAUAUUGCGAUUGUAGAAUCCAUCAACACUGGAAAGCCCAUAACUGAGUCCAGGAGUGACGUAGACACAGCAUGGCAGGCUGUGGAAUAUUUUGCUGGCAUUGCUGGAACACUAGCGGGCCAGCACAUUCAGCUGUCUGGAGGAUCAUUUGUUUACACCAGAAGGGAGCCCCUGGGUGUGUGCGUGGGGAUUGGGGCCUGGAACUAUCCAUUCCAGAUUGCCUGCUGGAAGUCAGCCCCAGCGCUGGCUUGUGGAAAUGCCAUGGUUUUCAAGCCUUCACCCCUGACCCCACUGACUGCGGUGAUGUUAGCUGAGAUCUACACUCAAGCUGGAGUACCGAAUGGCCUGUUCAACGUAGUCCAAGGAGCAGUGGAAACCGGAAACCUCCUCUGUAGGCACAAGGGUGUGGCCAAAGUCUCUUUUACUGGUAGUGUGCCAACUGGGAUCAAGAUUAUGGAAGCAGCAGCAAAAAGUAUCAAGCAUGUCACCCUGGAACUUGGCGGGAAAUCUCCACUCAUUAUUUUCUCUGACUGUGACUUGGAGAAUGCUGUGAAUGGUGCUUUGCUGGCGAAUUUUCUGAGUCAGGGAGAGGUGUGCAGUAAUGGUACCAGGGUGUUUGUACAGAAAGAUAUACUGGCAACGUUUCUGGAGAAAGUAGUGGCAAAGACAAAAACAAUAAAACUCGGAGAUCCCCUGCUUGGAGAUACUGGAAUGGGAGCACUCAUUAGUCGGCCUCACCUGGAUCGAGUGUUGUCCUACAUCAAGCAGGCCAAGGAGCAGGGUGCAAACGUUUUGUGUGGUGGUGACCUGUUUGUUCCUGAUGAUCCAAAGCUGAAAGAUGGAUAUUUCAUGAAGCCGUGUAUUCUAGGAGACUGUACAGAUGACAUGACAUGUGUCGAGGAGGAGAUAUUUGGACCUGUUAUGUCAGUACUGCCAUUUCAUACUGAGGAGGAGGUUAUAGAGAGAGCAAAUAACACGAAACUUGGUUUGGCAGCUGGUGUAUUCACCAGAGAUUUGACUCGCGCUCAUCGAAUGGCAGCUGCUCUGGAGGCAGGAACAUGUUUCAUAAACAACUACAAUGUUAGCCCAAUUGAGAUGCCUUUUGGAGGAUACAAAAUGUCAGGAUUCGGGAAGGAGAAUGGAAUGGCAGCAGUGGAAUAUUAUACACAGCUGAAGAGUGUGUAUGUGGAAAUGGGAGAUCUGGAAUGUCCAUUCUAAACUGCCACGUUCUUGUCUCUUCCUAAAUUCAAUCUGUUUCUAAUGGUAUAAAACAAUUCAAGCUAAUGAAAAGUUAAUUACUGAAUGACAUUUCAGCUGUGCUGUUUUGCAGUUAAAUAGUUCAAACUGAGUUUUGUUCAGUUUAUUGUUUGGAUCCACUAAAAUUUUGCUUCCUGCAACAUUUACUGAAAAUUUCUUUAAGAUUAAUUAAUCCAUUUUUAUGGAUUUUAACUGGUAGCGUUGUAAACCGUUCUCUCAGGUCUGGAAACUGGGAGAACCUGUACUAAGAAAUUAAAGACAAUUGUGUAACUAAUUUGAAUAAAAUGGUGAAUUAAUUGUUU